CCGGUUACUCUUCGCCUUGCUCAUUUCACGUUUCGAUUUCAACAGUGACACUCGUCCCUCAUUGGGGUCCCCUCCAUUUGAGACUUUAACUUAUUCAAAAUCAAAACGUCCUUUUCUAUUAUUAAGUGCGUUUGAAACCGAACCCAAUUCGCCUAUUUGCUGUAGACAUCGUCACCAUGUUUGAAGAAAUUCAAGACAUAGCUUUGGUUUUCAAGCCCUGGAUUUCCCACCUGGUGACGCUGUUGACCGUCUUCCUCAUUCUGCGCAAAUACGGAGGAUCUCACCUUCAGCCGUGGUUUUUGUCGAAGGUGUACACACCGAUGCUGGCCAUCCAUCACAACUCGAUCAGGGAUUUGCAGAGGAAACAUUUCGAAAUGAUCAAGAAUCACAAAUCGGCUGAUCCUGAGUUGAGGAAGAAGGGCAUCCUGCGGAUCCUGGAAAUCGGACCCGGUCCCGGCUACAAUUUUGCCUUUUACCCGCCCAAGAGUCAACUGUCGGUCGUCGAAGUCAAUCCCUUUUUCGAGAAGCAGUUCUUCAAGAAACAGGCCGACCAUCCGCACAUCAACAUGGACCGUUUCAUCGUCGGAUUCGCCGAGGACAUGAAGGGCGUCGAGAGCGACAGCUUCGACGUCGUCGUCUCCUCCUGCGUCCUCUGCUCCGUCCGCAACGCGGAGAAAUCGCUGAAAGAAGUCCACCGCGUUCUGGCUCCAGGUGGCAAAUAUUUCUACUGGGAGCAUAUCCGCGACUUUGAGUACGGCUGGGUUGGCUUCAUUCAAGAUGUGUUCACCUACACGUUCCACGACUUGGUUUUCGGCUGCUGUUUGAACCGGACCAGCGACCAGGUCAUCGCGGCCAACAAAUGUGGUUUCUCCAAAAUUGAGCAGCAACGGAUCAAGACCCCGCUGAAGAAAGGAUUCCACUCUUUGUACAUACUCGUCGCGCCCGUUGUUAUCGGGAUCGCCACGAAAUAAGAUAUUUGAAUUUGAAUAAAACCAGCAACGAUAUUAUAUUAUAAA